AUGGCGAAUAACUCGUUCCGAGACUCUGUCAACUCACUGGGAUGGUCGCGUAGAGACCCGGAUCUCCCCGUGCAAACUGGCGCGUCAUCGAACACCCCAUUCUUAUCUCGUCUACAGUCUUACAACCCCUUCGGCGAAGGGGGUUAUGUUCAACUGCCCACUCACAAUGAAGGUCCUGGGGCCCCGUUGCCGGCACCAACUCGACGGGAAGAAGAAGAGGGAUUCUUUGCUUUGAGUCGGUGGGAUCGCAUGCUCAUCUUUGGUGCAUGUAAUUUGGGCGCAGCCAUCUGUUUCAUGAUCUGCUUCUUCUUGUUCCCUGUCUUGUCACUCAAGCCCCGCAAAUUCGCGGUCUUGUAA